UUUUUUAUAUAUUUACAAUUUUUUUUUAUCUCUCCUCUUUUGGAAUAUAUUACCUUGUAUUCGAAUUCAUGCCAACCUCUUCGCCAACUCUUCCUCCCACACCAGCUUAGAGCAAUGGUAGACCAACUCCAACUGAACCCUAACUCGGUGACCGGAAUCACUGAGUCUUCGGCACCCUCAGAUGACGACGAAUCCUCUCUCAGUUCCCACACUCUUGCCGCUCUCAAAGAAUUCCUCGCCGAGCAGCAGCAUCACUCCGACGUCGGAGGAGGGUCCGAGGUUUCUCUUGUGUCUGAGAAUUGGGAUUUGAGCCAGUUCUGGUACACUCCAGAAACAGCGAAAACCGUGGUCGAGGAAGUUCUCACUCUCUGCGGUGGCGUCCACACUCGCGUUGCCUGCAUUGCUUGCCCUACUCUCUAUGUUUAUCUCAAGCAAAUGAAUCCUAAUGCCAUUGUGCAACUUCUUGAGUACAACAAACAUUUUCAGCAAUAUGGAAGUGAUUACACAUUUUAUGACUACAAUCUUCCUGAUGAAAUACCGUCAGAAUUGAAACAUUCAUGCAAAGUUGUAGUUGUAAACCCUCCUUACUUGGUGAGAAUUGAAAAGGAUUAGAUGCGUUAAGGGUUUGUGUUGAAGAAGAAAGAAA